UGUGAGCUGCGGCGCGUGCGCGAGCGGUGCAGCACCGGCCGCGGGAGCAGGGAGUAUUAUGGGCUGUGGGUGCCGCUGAGCAAGAUGGAGCUGUCUGCAGUGGGCGAGCGGGUCUUCGCGGCCGAAUCCAUCAUCAAACGGCGGAUUCGAAAGGGUCGCAUCGAGUACCUGGUGAAAUGGAAGGGGUGGGCGAUCAAGUACAGCACUUGGGAGCCGGAGGAGAACAUCCUGGACUCGCGGCUCAUUGCAGCCUUCGAGCAGAAGGAGAGGGAGCGUGAGCUGUAUGGGCCCAAGAAGAGGGGACCCAAACCCAAAACUUUCCUCCUGAAGGCCCGGGCCCAGGCAGAGGCCCUCCGUAUCAGCGAUGUGCACUUCUCUGUCAAGCCCAGCGCCAGUGCCUCCUCACCCAAGCUGCACUCCAGCGCAGCCGUGCACCGGCUCAAGAAGGACAUCCGCCGCUGCCACCGCAUGUCCCGCCGUCCCCUGCCCCGCCCGGACCCCCAGGGGGGUAGCCCCGGCCUGCGCCCCCCCAUCUCACCCUUCUCUGAAACGGUGCGCAUCAUCAACCGCAAGGUCAAGCCUCGGGAGCCCAAGCGGAACCGCAUCAUCCUGAACCUGAAGGUGAUCGACAAGGGCUCAGGCGGAGGGGGCGCCGGGCAGGGGGCCGGGGCCCUCGCACGCCCCAAAGUCCCCUCGCGGAACCGUGUCAUCGGCAAGAGCAAGAAGUUCAGCGAGAGCAUCCUGCGCACCCAGAUCCGCCACAUGAAGUUUGGCAGCUUUGCGCUGUACAACAAGCCCCCACCCGCCCCCCUGUCUCCACCGCCAGCUGGCAAGGCCGACCUCACUGCUUCCCAGGGCCCAGGGCUGCUCCUGGCCGCCCCCACCACCCCCUACGACGCCCGCAGCUCCAGCUCCUCAGGCUGCCCCUCACCAGCACCACCGUCCUCCUCCGAGCCUGACGAUGCACCCCCCAAGCUGCUCCCUGAGACCCUGAGCUCCCCCGCCACCGACUGGCGGGAGUCCGAAGUGCUUGACCUGUCCGUCCCCCCCGAGUCGGCGACCGCUAGCAAGAGGGCACCCCCUGAAGUCACUGCUGCCGCCAGCCCGGCUCUUCCCCCGGCCCCUGAGCCCGUCGGGACUGCCUCCGAGCAUGAGGCUGGGGACUGGCGCCCGGAGAUGUCGCCCUGCUCCAACGUGGUUGUCACCGAUGUUACCAGCAAUCUCCUGACAGUCACCAUCAAGGAAUUCUGCAACCCUGAGGAUUUCGAGAAGGUGGCAGCUGGGGUGGUGGGUGCCGCAGGGGGUGGUGGAGGCAGUGGGGCCAGCAAGUGAGGGGGCUCCACCCAGGAGGGGGUUUUGGGGGAGCCCUCCCGCCCAAAGUCACGCUUUUGUUCCCACCCCUGCCGUCACCCUCAGACCCCUCUGCCUGUGCUUUGCUUGUUUCAGACAGCUCGGUGUAGACCCUGGGAUAGGGCUGGGCAGCCGGAGCCCCGGAGCCCAGUGGGUAGGGGCAGUCCUGGAGCAGAGUGAGGGCCCCGAGGGCUCCCUUGUCUCUGGGCACCCUCCCUGCCCCAUGCACGGUGGGUCCUGCUGAAUGGUUUCCAGGGAGGCGCAGAACCUAGGGUUCAGCUGCCCCCUCCAUGUCCCACCCCCAGCUCUUCCCAGCUUGCUUCCUGCUCUCAAUGCACAGCAUCUGAUUUCUCGGUGCUAACCUGGCAGCUGUGGAGACCCCCCCAGGGUGGGCACGGACCCUUUCCUCCCAUCGAUGCUUGGGCAGAGACUGAGGCUGAGGCUGGAGGUGGGGUUCUUCUCUGUCCACUCUUGGACAAGGCCCAGCUGGGCCCCCUUAGCCCCCAUCCCUUGGUCUCCUCAUCCCCAUCUCGAAGGUGGGAGGAACUGGCAGGGGAUGCGCCUCGCCACUGCCUCCCAGCAUCCGAAGGUCCCUUCAGUUCUCGACCAAAGGUGCUAAAAGAACCUGCCGUGGAAACUUCCGAGCGUGCGUGUGCGUCCCCCUGCCCCACUCCUGCCUGUCUGUUCGCGUGUCCGUAUGUGCGUUGGCUUUCCAGGUGGCACCCUCCACGGCUCCUCGGAAUGAGCAGGGUCAUUGAAGGCCAGGACUUUCCCUUGCCCUCAGCCAGGCCUGGGAGCCCAGCUAGGUCUGAGGUGCUUGUUCUGGAAGCCUCCAGGCUUGCCUUCCCAGCCCAGGUGUGCCGGGGGCACUGGCCCCCAGGCCCUCUGCCUUCGGGGUGGUCAGCCCCAGCAGUUGGGCUGCAGACCUGGUGUGGUGGAGGCUGAGAAGAGGGGAGACCCCACCCCAAGCUUCCCCUUCCUCCUGGGUGUUUGCAGAGGAAGGUGGAAACCGUUCCUGGGGUCUCCCUGGCUUCCUGUGCCCCCACCUCUUCUGCUUCUGACUGUUGAGGCGUUCGGAGCCCAGCUGCUCGAAGCGGCGGGCGGCCUCUGGUGACCUGGGUGGCUUCUGUUCCCUCCUGCCGAGACCAAAGCCCAGGCUCAGGCCGGGCCUCGGGAGGGGCUGCAGAGAGGGGCCUGGGAGCCUCAGGAGGGUCAGGGUAUUGGUCCCAGAAGCCGGGAUGGGCCCGGCCCUCCUGGGGCCACGGGCGCCCUGCGGGAGGCAGCGCUGCCGGCCAGCCCUGGGUCACCGCCCGCGUGUGGGUUUGGCGCGGGCGACGUGUUCCCACGUGUAGCUUCCCAGUGCGCCCAGCGACUGCCGCCUCCCAUUGGGUUCUCAGCGGAAGGCAAAGCCGGAGGGAGGCCCAAGGGAGACCAGUCAGCUAAGGAAUGCGUUUUGUAUUCUUUCUCUUCUCCAGGCACCUCCCUGCCCAGGGGCUGCGGCUCCGCCCGUCCUGCCCCUCCCCCCAGGUUGAGGCGUUGGGGGCCCACCCCGGGCCCCUCCCCGCCCUGCCCUUCACGUAGGCUCUGUGGCCGUCCAAGUGCCAACCGGCUUCUCCCCCAAAUAAGGGCUGGUAUUUCUCCUCUGUCCGCAGAGGGGAUUUCCCCCCAAUCCCCCUUCCCCAGGUGAGUGCCCACCUGGGUGCCAGUUACAGGUGUUUCCAGAGACCAUAGAAAUGUGUUUUCCUGAGAGUCUGUGUCAUUCGUGACUUUUUUGUAAAGAAGUUGUGUUUUCAGAGGUGAUUUUAUGACAGGAAAGUGAAAGAAUUAGUUUUGCAAAAAACAAAAAAAGAGGAAAAAAAAGAAAAAAUAUUGUGGGAUUCCUCUGGGGUGGGGGGUGGGUGGGAAAGAUAUUUAAAGAAAAAAAUAGUAACGCAGUGAUUGCACAGGUGAGGGGCAAGGUCUGGAGAGGGGGUGCAGGCCCCAGCUGCCCCGGCUCAGCCUCCCGGCUUCCACCCCCUUCCUUGGCCCCAGGCAGGGCGAACCGCCCCCGUCCUUGCUGGGAGGGAAGGAUGACAGCUGGUCCCCAGGGAACUAGCCAGAAACUGUAGGGACAAGGCAAUUGGGGGCUGAGGGGAGCUGAGACUUGGGGCGGGGGCGGGGUGGGGGCCAGGAGGUCCUCGCCAUUGCUGGGACCCACUGGUGAUGGUUUUCUCCAGGAAGGCUGGUGAGUAAGUAGAGUUUGGUUUCUUGCUACCUUCUGUUCUUUUGUCAGCUCGUGGGGUCAUCAGGUCCCUACCCCACCCCCAGCCCCUAGGGGCAUCUCCUUCCCUGCUUCCCCAAAGACCUUGACACCCUUGAGUGUCCCUGGCCAGGGAUGCAGGAUUCAGGAAGGAAGACGCUGUGGACGCUGGGAGAAUCUUGGGUGGUGGCUCUUAGAGAGUGGGGUUAUGGGGAGAAGGGAAGACCAGUCCCUCCUCUCUCGGGCUUUCCUUGAGUGCGUUAUGCCCCUAAAUCCCAAGCUGGGUGGGCUGCCCUACCUUGGGUGCAUGCAGAGGUAUGCAGUCACCCUGCCUCGAGGUAGGCAGCUCCCCUGGAGUGGGGGCAGAGCAGGGGGCCGAGUGGGCAUGGGAGCAAAGCCAAGCAGAGCCUCUUUACCUCUCUCCCAGUGUGGCUCUGAGCUGGGGCCCGAGCCCCUGCCCCACCACCCACCACCAUUUGCACGGAUCAGCCUCCCAUGUACCCAUCCCUCACUCUUGCUGCUUUUCCGUUUGCCUAAUCACCAAGCAGGAGUUGCAGUCUGGUUUGCUUUAUUUUUGUAUAUGAAAUACUUGCCCAAAGCCCAGUCCUACCAUGUUCCAUAUUGGUUAGGGCAUUGGUUCCCUUAAAUGCCAUCCCCUCCCCACAUGUCAUAGGAAGCAGGUGAGGGCUGGUGCCCCUGGUUUGAGGCUAGAAGUUGGUUCCAACUUCACUUCCUCCCCUGCCUCAGUCCUCAGUAUGCCCUUCUGUGAAAUGGGUGUGUUGGGUGGCAGUGCCUCUGUACUGAGCACUGCUGGUGUUAGAGGGUGGUCCAGGUGGCUGGUGUUUGGGCCUCCAGCCUCCCACAGCUGCCUGUCACCCUCACUCUGCAAAGGGGUCAAGGUCAAAAUGAGCCUCAUUCCACCUCUGCUCUGGGAAGAGGUGAUGAUCCAGACCCCAACUUCAGUGGGAGGAGGGCAGGCUCAUCCCAUUUCAAAGAUGAGGAGCCCGGGCUCUGAGAGGCAGGGUCUGGAGCCCAGGCUGCUCUGGCCAUUUAGGAAAAGCCCCUUUGAAAGGUGGGGCCCAGGGCUUGGAGCUCCUGCAAGGCUGGUGGGCUGAUGAGCCAGCAUUCGGGGUGAGCACUGAGCCUGGGUUGGUACGAGAGGCUGGUAGGGUCCUUGCAGGGGAGGAAAUGGCUCCUGAAGGGACUGGGCCACUCGACCCUGCUGGUGUCUGGGGACCCAAACGGGCGGGCUCACCACUUCGUCCCACUUUUUUUUUUUUUUUUUUUUUUUUUUUUGCACUUCACCUGCACUGGGCAGUGGAGCCCGCUGUGCUGUCCCAUGUUGCAGCGCCCAUGCACUAGCCCACGGCAGCCUCUUCCGGGUUUGUGUGAAUUGAGGAAUCACUUUUAAAAGGACAAAAAGAAGUGUUUUUUUUUAAGGUUUUGUUUUGUUUUGUUUUUUUCUCUAUCUGCAUCUCCCAGAUUCCAAUAGCCCAGAUUUAGAGGCUGUGACUCCAGGAGGGUUUUGCUGACAGUCACCAAGAUGCAGCAAUGGGGAGACAGGUCUGGUGGGGCGUGAGGACCCCGCCUCCCAGGCCUGCAUGCCUCUCCCCUUUGGAGUCAGCCCUUCAGCAGUGAGCGCCAACUGUAUACAGGGCGUUGGUGGGCAAAGGGCGGUGAUGGUCCAAUGGGGCAGCUGCUUGCCAGAGGCAAGGAGACGGAGGCGUGGUGCGGAGCCUGCCCUUGCUUUGGGGACCCAGUGGAGAUGGAGACUUUUUGUUGGUUUUAAUUUAAAAACACAAAAGCCUAAAGAAAUAUGUAUCUUAUAAUUUUUUUUAAUUUUUGAAAAGCUCAUUUAAUGACUUGUGCACGAAUGAAUUCUAUAUAUAUAAUAUACAUAUAUAGCUCUAUAUUUGGGGAGGGGCGCUGUCUCUUUUCUCUCUUUCAUUUUAAAAUGAAGUGUCGUUGCCUUUGUCUGUGGUUCAACCAUCCAGCUCCCAGCUGGCUAAACUUUGCCUCCAGCGGUUAAAGAUAGGAUAAUAGCCAAGGAGGUGCGGCUCCAGUGGGGGGGGGGGUGUCCCCUGGGGAGUCCCCCAGUCCACUCCUGCCCCACCCCCUGCAGAGCUUGCGGGUGAAGACGGCUUGUUCGGGGUGUGGGUUUG